AUAAAAAAAAAAAAUUGGGAUUUGUUGCCGUUGAAGAAUGAUGAUGAACUAAAGAAAAAACUCAAUUACCUCAACAACCAUGGAGGCGACGGCAGCACUAUCGGAGCUAGAGCGUGUCCAAAUCCAGAUUCUCCGGCGAAUAUCCGACCUCGAACUCCGCGUCGGCCUCACUCACUCCCCUUCUCCGGUCACAACCGCCGACAACGACGCCCCCGCCGAAGCUAAUCUCUCCGGCCACACCACCGAAGCUCGUCUCUCCAACAUCCUAUUAGAAAACGGCGUAAACGACUUCAAGUUCAAGAGAGUUUCAUUUGAUUACUACAACUGGACCUUAGAUUCUAGACGUGAUGCUCUUGGCGCCGCGUCUAUUGAUCAUCUUUGCAAGAGCAUUGUUAUGGUAAAUACUCAAGCCCCAUCAAGCAUCACGGAUUGUAGUAACCGUGACAUGUCAAAAUAUUAUGUUGUUGUUGUGCAGUAUACUGCUCGAUUCAAUGCCGAGACUGUGAAGAACUUUUUAUACACUCUUAACAAUGGAAAGAUACCCAAGAAGAAAUUCAAUUUGAGGCUUGCUCCAGAGGAGACAUCACGGAUGUUGACUGGUUAUGAACACAAUGGAGUGACAUGUAUCGGCAUGAAAACUGACAUUCCGGUGAUUUUGGACGAAGCAAUUGUGAAACUUAAUCCUGAUUUCUUCUGGUUAGGAGGUGGAGAGAUAGAUUUGAAACUGGGUAUCAGAACAUCUGAAUUCAUCAACUAUCUAAACCCUUUUGUUGUGAGCUGCAGCAGUUCUUAACCUGCCAUGUGCAUAAAUCAUUGAUUGCUGGCAGGGCAUGGUGUAAGGGUCGCAGAGACUACGAUUGUAUGGUAAUCUGUCUGCCUGAAACUGAAAAUAAAAAAGUGCCAUUAUUAUUGAUUUCUUCUGUUGUGUCGUUUCAGAAAUCCAGCUUUGGAAUAUUGGCAAAUAUUAUUCGGAGAAUUAGUUUGCUGAACUUGAUUUUUUAUUCUCUUAAUUUAUUGCCUGAAGGAAACAAGUAGCGAAUUUGUUAUCUGUAUGCAGUUCUAUUCUUUGUUUGUUGGAAAGACCUAGCAAAAAAUUUAAUGGCUGAUGAACUUUUGAUUUGAUUUUAUACAAGUAAUCUGUUUCUUAA